GAGCUGGUGUUGCGUCAGACAGGAGCCAUGUGGUAGGCACUGCUGGAUAGUAAGGCUGCUGUAAUAACUGCUGUGUUUAACUUUAAAGGUUAUUAACACGAUUAUUAUAUAGAUUAAUGUCAUAUUUAGAUAGAUGUUCUGAUUACAACACUUUGUAAAGUGCAUGGGGUAGGCUGUUUGGAAAAAGAAGGUUGUUCAGAUAUGCCGUGUGACAGUUUGAGGAGUCACAACCCCACCCACCAGAAUGGAGCUUCAGAAAAUGAACGGACACAGCAGGGAUGAUGGGUUUGAUGGGCUGGAUACGUUGGCUGAACACGAGGAGUUCCUCCCACAGAAAACCGGGGUCAAGAAAGAAACUCGCUUCACAGAUUUUGAGGGAAAGACUUCCUUUGGCAUGUCCGUCUUUAAUCUCAGCAACGCCAUUAUGGGCAGUGGAAUUCUGGGAUUGGCUUUUGCAAUGUCCAACACUGGAAUCAUUCUUUUUCUAAUCCUGUUGGUGUCCAUUGCCAUCCUGUCUGCAUAUUCAAUUCAUCUCCUGCUGAUAAGUGCUGGAGUUGUUGGCAUUCGAGCUUAUGAGCAGCUCGGGAAUCGGGCUUUUGGUGCCCCGGGGAAAAUGCUCGCCGCAUGCAUCAUUACAAUACACAACAUUGGAGCAAUGUCCAGCUACCUCUUCAUCGUCAAGUCUGAGUUGCCACUGGUUAUUAUAGCUUUCCUCGGUAAACAGACAAACACAGGAGAGUGGUUCAUGAAUGGAAACUACUUGAUCAUGAUUGUUAGCGUUCUCGUCAUCCUCCCUCUAGCGCUCAUGAAACGCCUCGGUUACUUGGGCUAUACGAGUGGGUUCUCCUUAUCCUGCAUGGUGUUUUUCCUCAUCUCGGUCAUCUACAAGAAAUUCAACACCCUCUGUACACUGGAACAUGAAUAUCAUAACAUGACUCCCAUUGCUCAUACCCACACUGACAUUAAUGGGACAGACGACUCCUGUGAGGCCAAAUUAUUUACUGUCAACUCACAGACGGCGUACACAGUCCCAAUUCUGGCCUUCGCGUUUGUCUGCCACCCGGAAGUGCUGCCGAUCUACACCGAGCUACGAGAUGCCACCAAGAAACGCAUGCAGAACGUUGCCAACGUCUCCGUCCUGGCCAUGUUUGUCAUGUACCUGCUAACGGCUCUUUUUGGUUACCUGACCUUUUAUGGUAAUGUGGAGUCCGAGCUGUUGCACACCUACAGUCGAGAGGGCAGACUGGAUGUCCUGGUUCUCUGUGUGCGUGUGGCGGUGCUGAUGGCCGUCACUCUCACUGUCCCCGUGGUUCUUUUCCCGAUCCGCAGGGCCUUGCUCCAAAUCUUGUUCCCCGAAAAGCCUUUCAGCUGGUUCGUCCACAUCGGCAUUGCCUUUUGUCUCAUCUUUGUGGUCAACCUGCUGGUCAUCUUCGUGCCCUCCAUCCGCGACAUCUUUGGCCUCAUCGGAGCCACAUCUGCCCCCUGCCUCAUCUUCAUCCUACCUGGAGUCUUCUACAUCCGCAUCGUUCCUGAAGACCACGAGGCACUUCUGUCCAGACCUAAGAUUCAGGCCGCCUGCUUUGCUGCCCUGGGAGUCCUCUUCAUGAUCAUGAGUUUGUCGUUCAUCAUUAUUGAUUGGGUGACUGGGGAGUCUCGAAGUGGAGGCGGGCACUAGCAGUUGUGACUGGACAGAGAUACAAUGAAGAAUGCCAACCAAAGCUCUCCCAGUCAUUAAAUUACCCCUCAUCUGCUCAUCCAAAGCCAAAUAGGAAAGUUUGGCUGCACGAGGCAAAGGAUAUGUGAAGAACCUUCAACGACAGCAAAAAUAAAGCAUGUUGACAUGAUAUGGAGAGGGCAAAGUAAAGCAAUGUGCUCUGACUGAUUGAAA